AUGUUUACGAGCGAAAAUGAUUUAACCGUGGAGACCGCGAGUAGGCGGAACAGCCGCAAGUUAUCUAACGUGAAGGUCAAGGAAUUUGAGAGUGCGAAGAGGGAAAGUGUUUGCUCUGCCCUUUUUGAUGAUGACUUUCACCAAGAGGAAAUGAUGAAUGUGGUCGAGGGUGGUUGUUGUGAUGAAAAUGGUAAUGAAAUUGCUUCGUCUGCCUCUGAUAAUACUCCAAACAAACAAGUAAAAAAUGUCUCGGGCAGAGGUUCGUCUGAGGAAUUUGGGACAAUGGAGCCUGAUGUUUUGGAGCCUUCUCUUUUGGGAAUCCAGCCUGAGCCACCAAGCUGGCCAGAGAGGGAUGAGAUUUUGAGACUUAGGUUUGAGAGGAAAGUAAACAGUGUGGAAAUUCCUUUGUCCAUUAGGAUGAUCAAGAAGAAGCUACAAUUGGAAGAGGGUUUCAAAGAGGCUGGUGAGUUGACCGGAUUAACUAACUGUUCUGUGAAGAAGACCUUCUCCUCUAUGGUGUUUAUCAUGCAUGAGCUUCAAAAUCAUGCCUUGCAAACAAGGCAGAGUGUGUGUGGUGAAUACCUUGAAAAUUUCAUGGCCAAGCUAGGGAGAGAAAUGGAUGCUUCAUUAGUUUGGCUUUUCCAGCUGGUUUUCUGGAAGACCCCAACUCUCAUGGUCGAUGUAAUGGUCUUCGUAGCUAACUUCUUGUUCUUCUCUAUGAAUGACAACACUGUCAAGGCAAUCGCUCCCUCUAUGGUCACAAAGGAUCUACCCUUGACUAACAAUGAGAAUAAAGUACAACAUUCACAAGGUGGUACUGGUGUUCAUCAAGGUGAGUAUGUGAAACAUGAGUUGUCAGAGGAGGAGGAAAUGUUGUGGAAUUCCUUGCAAGAGAAGGCUGCAAUGUUGCAAAAGGAAAUGAGGAGUGAGGUUUUGGACCACCACACAAGGCAGCGGCUUGUGGCCCCAGUUUCUGUGAAGCUUGAAGGGGAUCUUUACGACGAAUAUUUGAAAACUGAGCGUUAUUACAGAAAGUAUUUGCAGCGGACACCACACUGUUCCCUCCUGCUGUCUAACUAUGCGCAGUUUCUCUUCCUUGUCUUUCGUGACAUUACGAAGGCAGAACUGUACUACAAGUUAUCAGUGCAGGUAGAAAAACCGGAGGCUGAGGCAUUCAGUCGCUAUGCUGACUUCUUGUGGAUGGUGAGAAAGGAUGUUUGGGCAGCAGAACUCAGAUAUCAGCAAGCAUUGCAAGCAGAUCCUGGCAACACUUAUUACUUAUCCAAGUACGCCAGUUUCUCCUGGAACACCUGUGGACAAGAUGCUAAUGCCUAUUCUAUAGAUGAAUUGGACAACUUACAGCUAUGA